UGUUGGGUGAAUCACGCCCUGAACGCCGAGUGGGGAGGACGCAUCGGCGCUGCAGCGGCGAGGAAUUCGUGAAUUGCGCAAGCCGGCUGAUUGGAGCGGGGUAGAGGAGCGCGAGGUGCGAUGCGGUUCUACAGAGCGCGUGCGGCCGGCGUGGAGAGCGGAGCGGGCUCUGUGCAAGACGAGCAGGGCGUGCCGACGAGUGGCGUGCAGGGCGUGCUAGCGCCACUGACCAAUUCUGGUGAUCUGACGGUGCCUGUGUCCGUGUGCACGUCGGUGGAGAGCCUGAACUCUGGUCUGACGCGCACGACGCCGACGCUGACGCCGACGACGCUGCGCAACAUCGAGGAGACGUUCAUGGAGCUGGAUCGUAGCCUGGUGACGCCGCCCGUCUCGCACCAGCACCAGGCCGGCUUCGUGACGCCGCAGGUGGCCGCCGGCGUCACGUACUCGCAGCUGGACCAGACCAAGUGGCAAGGCGGCGUGACGACUGUGACGGCCAGCCGCGGCGGUGGCGGCGGCGGUGUCAGCAGCCUGCUCGCCGAGCCGUCGCCGCGCGUCGUGCCGCAGGGGCACCGACGCGGCGGCCGCCGACCCAAGGACGACGACGAGCUGUCGCCCGAGGAGGAGCAGCGGCGCCGCAUGCGCCGCGAGCGCAACAAGCAAGCGGCCGCGCGCUGCCGCCGCCGCCGCAUGGAUCUGACAAACACUCUGCAGAUGGAGACCGAGGAGCUGGAGAACGAGCGUAAGCUGCUGGAGCGCGAGAUCCAAGAGCUGCAGGCGCAGCGUGAGGAGCUGCACUUCCUGAUGGAGGCGCACCGGCCCUGCUGCAAGCUCAGCCGCGAUAAGGAGAACGCGCCAAAGCGCAAGGUGAUCGUCAAGCACGAGCCGGACGUGGCACGCCUGGCACCGAUCAAGUCGGAGCCGCUGCCGUCGCCGUCGCCGUCGCCGGCACCGGCGCAGCGCGCGCGCCCCACGUCUCUGUCGGUGGCACCGUUCGCGUCGGCCGCCGCCGCCAAGGAGCUGACCGGCCCCGGCGUGCCGAUCAACACGCCCUCGCAUGGACUGGGCCUCAACUUUGACUCCCUGAUGGAGGGUGGCACGGGUCUGACGCCCAUCACAUCCGCCAGCCUGGUGCCCCUGCUGAUACCGGCGGCCAGCUCGGCCAGCCUCGCCACGCCCGUCGUCUCGACGCAGGCCGACGCGCGACGCGGCGAUCUGCUCAGCCCCGGCGUGCGCGAGCUGGUCUCGCUCUAACACCGCCAGCCGGCCGCGCCAGGCCCGGCCCGGCCCGGCCUCGUCGCCCGCUUGUUGACACGUUUUGAGGGGUAUUUAUUGAUGUUGAUUUUGUCGAGCUGCACCGUUUUGCCAGAGCACCGGAGCCGCCGCGGGGCGCCGGCUUUUAUUUAUACGCCUGAUCAGUUCAACCCGGCUUGCACGAGCGCCUGUCACGUGCGCCUGUCGUGCCCUGUGUGUGUGUGUGCGUGAGCCAAGGCUGCAAUACAACAUCCAUUGUCAUA